CGGCCGCCGCGCUGCCAUCACACAGCAGCCCCGCGGCUCCUCCCGCCGCCGGCCGUGGGGCCGCCCCGCCGGCAGUGCGCACGCCCGGCCUCCUCCCAGCCGGGCCUGGCCGCCCGGCAGCACUCAGUGUAGCCAUGUGGGUGUUUGGCUACGGCUCCCUCAUCUGGAAAGUGGAUUUUCCUUACGAGGAGAAGAUGGUAGGCCGCAUCCAGGGCUACAGCCGCCGCUUCUGGCAGGGCAGCACCGACCACCGCGGGAUGCCGGGCAAGCCUGGAAGAGUUGUGACUCUGGUUGAAGAUCCUGAGGGGUGUGUAUGGGGUGUUGCUUACAGAUUGCCAGCAGGACAAGAAUGUGAAGUGAAGGCAUACCUGGACUUCAGAGAAAAGGGAGGCUACAGGACUACAACUGUAAUUUUCUACCCAAAGGACCUGUCAGUAAAACCAUUUGAUGUGUUGUUGUACAUUGGAACUUGUGACAACCCAAACUACCUUGGUCCAGCACCUCUGGAAGAAAUCGCUGAACAGAUUUGUAAUUCUGUUGGUCCUAGUGGAAGAAACACAGAAUAUCUCUUUGAACUUGCUAAUUCUAUCAGAAAUCUUGUGCCAGAAGAUGCAGAUGAGCAUCUCUUCUCCUUAGAGAAACUAGUCAAGGAACUCCUGGAAAAGCAUCAAAACCUCAACUGCCUAUAAAGUAACUUCUUAGUUUCAAGUGUCUUGCUUCAUCUUCAGAGGAAUGGUUUCACUGUACAUGGGUAUAUGACUUGUAGGCAUGUUUCACUGUUAUCGUGAUAUCCUCCUUAUUAUAAUAUUGCAUUCGAAUUAGUAGUUGAUCAUUAGAACAUACUGUGGCAACAUUCUUGCAGGAGUCUACAAAAAGGGGAGCAAGGGAAAUGUUUUAGGUUUGAAUUUGGUGUGUUGUUUUUUUUUAAUCCAAUGAAAAUCUCAAGAGAACCACUUAAAUUUCCCAUGGUCAGAAGAUUUACCCUUUAUACAUUAGGUUGUCCUUAAACACAGAGGAUAAACCAUUUCAUUGAAAACAAAAUAAUUCUUUCCCUUAGUUUAUGUCAAGCCCCUGAAAACUGAAGUACAAGGUACUUUGACACAAGCUUGCCAUAACCUAUCAGUGUCUCAUGUUAUUUCUCAAGAUUAAUAUAAAGAAUAAAGCCAAAACAUUAAAACAGCUAAGAGUAUGACUCAAAGUCACAGUACAGCAAGAACGCUCAGAUGCCUUUUGAUGCUGUUCUAACCCCAUCUCUUAAAUUCACCAGUCUCUGACAACAGAUUUUAAGCAAGGAAUUUUCAGCCACUGUUCCAGGGAUUCACAUUAAAAAGGUACUUAAGGAAGGAAUGCUCUUUGCAGUAACCUUAGGCACAUUGCAUGGAGAGCCAGAGAGAGAGCUGGAAGCCACCAGUUUAGGAGGCUUACUUUAGGAAAAACAUAGGCAAAUGGAGUUUCCGUCCCAGAAAGAAACUUGUCUGGCUUUUUAAAAAAGGAAAUUUAUUUUUGUUAACUUUUAACAAAAUAUAUUUUUGUAUGUUAAUAUAGGAAAGGUGCUACGUCAAACACCAUGUCACAUCACCUUUUUUCUUACAGAGAAUGUGUGUUUUGUAGUAGCUUGGAAGCAUGUAUUUUGUGUCAACCACUGGAAAAAAAAGGCAAACAGUAAGCUGCUAGUAUUUUUCAUAAUCACCUACAAAAGCCGACAAGAACUGAAUGUUAAUAAACAUUUGACAGGAUAUUAAAAUCUACACCUAAAUAUUUUAAGUGGUCUAAUUAUCUGGAGUUUAACUCAGAAAGCUGUAAUUUUUUACAUGCCACAUCUCAGGCAUAUCUCAAGCACAGAUUCACUGAGGGAUGAAAAAACUGUGUUAGUUUUUUAGAAGCCACUGUUUCUUACUAGUAGUUCAGUGUCACUAUUUCAAGAGUACAUGAUGGAGUAUCAAGUUGGACUACUGCAGUAACAAAAUUACCAUGUGUAGAGAGGCCCUAAGUUUCCACUAGUACACACGAGCUACCUGCAAACUGAUGAAAUAACUUUCAAAACUCUUGAUUAUCCUUUGCACUGUGCUGCUUUAGGAUUGACAUAACUGAGUAGAAAAGCAAACCCAACUAAUUGAGCUGUACAGUAGAGCAGUAUGCUCAGAACUUCCCACCGUCUGUAUGUAAUGAGUGUCAUUAAAAUGCCCAAAGCUGGAGCAGUGUUAAAACAUGAACAAUGGCAUGUCCACUCUGCAUUGUUUUACAGUUAUUUCCUCAAAGACAUCCUUGUUGCUUAAAACAAGGCAGGGGACACUUAGACUUAGAAAAAAAAAAAGAUCAGUGAUGAUUCCCUCUAAUUAUUUAAGCACUGUGUUGAGGCAUUGUGAUUAUAUACAGCCCUACAUUGUGCAUCUCCUAUUAUAGAGAGGACAUUGCUGGUUCAUUUACUUUCCAAAUUCAGAAAGUUUGGCAAUAGUAUCUGUCAUGAUAUGUUCCAGUUUGUGUGCACAACCUCAGUACAAUAAAAAUGCAUCACAUUUA